CUCUCUUCCAAGGUGAAUUAUCCCCCAGUGAAACGGGAUUCACUUUACAAUUAUGGCAUUCAAGGCUGUUACACUUCUUAUACUUGCAGGGACAAGCUGGGCAUCGCCCUCCCCUGUCCGACGAGCCGACGCUGCCUGCACUCCAACAGCAGGAGAUUCCCCCAGCACUGACGAUGUCCCAGCCAUCGUGGAAGCAAUCUCAUCAUGCGGCGAUGGCGGGACAAUUGUCAUUCCGGAAGGGUCUACCUACUACCUGAACACCGUGCUCGAUCUGGAGGGGUGCUCCGGCUGCGAGUUUCAGAUAGAGGGGACGCUCCUCUUCUCCGACAGCACGGACUACUGGAAUGGCAAGACGGCUAUGAUCAAUGUGCAGGAUGUUGAGGGGCUGACUAUGCACUCUCUCACGGGGUCGGGUGUGAUUGAUGGGAAUGGACAGACUUCGUGGGAUCUCUUCGCUGAGGAUGAAAGCUAUGAGCGCCCUACUCUCCUCUACAUAACCGGCGGGAGUAACAUCGAAGUGUCGAACCUGCUCCAGAGCAACCCUCCCAAUGUCUUUGUGUCUGUCAAAGGAGGGACUACCAAUGCGGCCUUCACGGAUCUAACCCUAAAUGCCGAAUCUUCAUCCGAUAACGAACCCAAGAACACAGACGGGUUUGAUAUUGGUGAGAGCACGUAUGUCACUAUCUCGAAUACGACCGUCGUGAAUGAUGACGACUGUAUCGCUUUCAAGCCUGGCUGCGACUAUCUUACCGUCACUGAUAUUACCUGCACCGGAUCCCAUGGUCUUUCCGUUGGAUCUCUAGGGAAGAGCAGCGAUGACACCGUCAGCAACGUCUGGGUCGAGGGUGCGACAAUGAUAUCCUCGACCAAAGCCGCGGGGAUCAAGACGUAUCCCAGCGGCAACGACCACGGACUGAGCACUGUGACGAACGUUACCUGGAAUGACGUUGUGGUUCAGGACUGCGAAUACGCAAUCCAGAUCCAGAGCUGUUAUGGCGAAGAGGAGGAGUAUUGCGAGAGUAAUCCAGGGAAUGCAGUUUUGUCGGGAAUUACGUUCCAGGGGUUUAGUGGGACGACCAAUGAUAAGUAUGAUCCUGUAACUGGGAACUUGAAUUGUGGUGUCGAUGGCGAGUGUGACGUGUCUGUUGUGGACUAUACGGUUACGGCGGCGUCGGGGGAUGGUGAGGUGCUCUGUGCCAAUACACCUUCGGAGCUGGGCGUGUCUUGUUCUUCUGGGGCAUCGGGAUGAUCUGCAUUAUUCGGGUCAUAACUUAGAGAGUAUGUGCCAAAUGAUGCCUAUACUUCAGCUAAUAGAGAAACAGACCCGAUGGGCCACCAAGUAUCCACUCUAUGCAUCAUUGUCUCGCUUUGAUAAUAUAGCUCCAUAAAUUUGUUUGUUAUAUGAAAAGGUAAAAGAAAAUAAAUAGCGGUCC